GUAGCAUCACUAGUUCGGUUUCGAAGCCGGCGCGAAGUGGGCGGGUUGUUUAUCGUAUUUUUAUUCCUAAAAAUAAAACAAAUCAAAUAUUCCAAAUCACUAUCGCGCCCGGUUUUAUGGACUAACUGGGUGUGUUCGAUAAGUGGUCGUAUUUUGUUCGGAAUUCGGUUUUGCCGACAAUCGUUACCAAAAUGUCUGUGAUGGGCAAAGUCGUCCCUCAUGUUUCUAGCCGUAAUUUUAGUAGAAUAAGUGCUGCGCUGUGCUCUGCGAAAGCGAAUAGAACGUACUUUACGUACACCCAGGAGUUGUCGCAGCCCCUCGACAGGAAACCUGAGUUCGUGACUGCUAAGGAAGCCUUUGAGAAAUGUUUGAAAUCUGGACAAACAGUCUACUCGCAAGGUGCGGCUGCGACGCCGGUACCUCUACUGAAUGCCAUGACGGAGGUCGGCAAGGCUGGCUCCAUGAAGGACAUCAAAGUGGUCCACAUGCACACGGAGAAGGACGCCGCUUAUGUCGCGCCUGAGUACAAGGACAUUUUCAGGUCGGUCUCUCUCUUCAUGGCUGCGAACGUCCGCAAGUCGGUCGCUGAAGGCCGCUCGGACGCCAUCCCGAUCUUCCUCCAGGACAUCCCCAAACUGUUCCAUAGGAAGAUCAUCCAGCCCGACAUUGCUGUCAUCCAGGUGUCUCCCCCAGACCAGCACGGCUACUGCAGCCUGGGCACCUCGGUGGACUGUGUCAGGUCGGCGCUGGUCAACUCCAAGACUAUCAUCGCACAAGUAAACGUCAACAUGCCGCGUACCUUCGGCGACGCGAUCAUUCACAUGUCGCACAUCGACUAUGCUGUUAGCGAUAAUACGCCGCUGCCAGAACACGGAGGCAAAGGUGCCAGCCCUGAAGAGAUCAAGAUCGGGCAGCUGAUUGGGGAGAAUCUGGUGGAAGAUGGAGCCACCUUGCAGAUGGGUAUCGGCAGCAUCCCGGACGCGGUGCUGUCCUGCCUGAAGAACCACAAGGACCUUGGCAUUCACUCGGAGAUGUUCAGCGUGGGCGUCAUCGACCUCGUGCGCCGCGGCUGCGUCACUAACAACAAGAAGAAAAAUCACAAGGGACGUAUUGUGGGCAGUUUCCUGGUCGGCAACAAGGAGUUGUAUGAUUUCGUGGACAACAACCCCUUCAUUGAAAUGUUGGAGAUCGACUAUGUGAACAAUACACACAUCGUGUCUCUACAGCCGACCAUGACGGCCAUCAACUCCUGCAUCGAGGUGGACCUCACCGGCCAGGUCUGCGCCGACUCCAUCGGAACCCGCAUGUACUCCGGCUUCGGUGGUCAGGUGGACUUCAUCCGCGGCGCGGCGGAGGCGGUGGACGGGCGCGGCAAGCCCGUCAUCGCGCUCGUGUCCACCACGCGCCAGGGCGAGUCCAAGAUCGUGCCCACGCUCAAAGUCGGUGCCGGAGUAGUGACAACCAGAGCACACGUCCACUACGUGGUCACAGAACAAGGUAUCGCAUACCUCUUCGGCAAGACUCUCCGUCAAAGGGCCUACGAACUCAUCAAGAUCGCUCAUCCAGACCACCGCGAAGCCCUCGAAAAAGCCGCCUUUGAACGCCUCAAGUGCAUGCCUGCACCUUGAAAAAAAACACUCAAAACCCCACGCCCCAAGCCGCAACUUUAAAUUAAAAAAAAAACAAACUGUGUUGUCAACGAAAAAAAUCCUACUACUUUAGUAGUUUUUAGCAAUAAGCGUAACUGUUGUAGCCUACACUGCCGCAGUGGGCGUUGUAUAGUAUUUUAUUUGUAAGUAUUAUGACAAAUUCCGUAUGCAUUUCGUUAUUGGCAGAUGUUUGUUAAUGCUAGAGUCUUUACUAGUUACCUAGUCGUUCGUUAGCUGGAAAUGCCUUAUACACGUCAAUAGUAAAAAUAGUCUAAGCAAUGAAAAUAGUAAAAAAUAGUGUAAUGUAAGCGUAAAUCAUUUUGAUCCUUUUUGUAAUCACUACGAAGUUUAUUUUAUUUUUAUUAACGAAUUUACGUAAAGGAAUCAGUGUAUUUUUGGUGUUUUUGUAUUUAUUGUUAAAUUACAUGAAUUUGUACUGUUAUAGACUACAGUGUACACUUUAUUUUGACUUUUUUUUUUAUAAAUUACUUACAAUAAAUAUGUAAUUUUAAUAA